ACAAGACGGUUCCGAAGAUUGCACGGGAUCAUCGAAAAGAUAUUAUUCCUGUAAUAUUCAAGAAUGUCCCAGAAAAAGUCUGGAUUUCCGACUGGAACAAUGUGCUGCAUUUAACAGUGUACCAUUUGAGGGAUUGACAUACGAAUGGGUUCCCUACACCAAAGCACCAAACAAAUGUGAACUGAAUUGUAUGCCGAAAGGGGAACGAUUUUAUUACAGACAUAGAAAUAAAGUAAUCGACGGUACAACGUGUGAUGAAGAAAAAUUGGACGUUUGCGUCGAUGGAAAAUGUUUGCCGGUUGGUUGUGAUAAUUUAUUGGGUUCACCGGUAAGAGAAGAUCGUUGUCGUAACUGUGGAGGAGAUGGAUCCAACUGCAACACUGUCCAAGGAAUUUUGGACAUGAAUGAUUUACAGUACGGGUAUACGGAUAUACUUCUGAUUCCGGCAGGUGCUACUAACAUAAGAGUAAGGGAAAUUCAGCCGUCUAAUAAUUAUUUAGCAAUUAGAAACAUUUCUGGACACUAUUACCUGAAUGGUAAUUGGAAGAUCGAUUAUCCUAGAAGUUUGAAAAUCUGCAAUUCCGUUUUUCAUUAUGAGAGGAAAAAGCGAGCACUUUACACACCAGAAAUAAUUACAGCUUUAGGACCAAUUUCAGAAGCCAUUUAUAUUGUG